AUGUCCGUCGAAACCCUCCUCUUCGACCUUCGCCACCACAAGUCCUUCGUCACGCCCCUCACCAAUCUUUCAGACCCAUACAUCCAGUCCAUGCAAACAGUCCAAACUUUCACCACCUCCCUCAUCCAGUCUCUAGAAGCCAACAACACCGCAGUUGUUGAGCUGGCACAGGAUAAUACACUGCAAGACCUAUACGCGGACUUUCCUUCUUUCUACGAGCAAGAGACGUUCAGGGAGUGGGUGAAAGACGGAACGCUGAAACAUCCUCAGCGCCAGACAGAGGCACAGUGUCGAUAUCUGCGCAUUGUAGAACUACAGGCACGCGAGGAACCAGCCAUGGAGCAGGUCAAGAAUGGCGCGAAACCGCAUACACGCCAGCGAAUCUAG